AUGGUUUUGUUCCUUCUUGCCUUAACCGCUGUUUUGGCCGCGACUGCAAACGCCGGCGGACCAAUUUUCGACACUGAUGGUGAUGUCAUAUUCGGCGGCACUAGUUACUACGUUCUCCCCCGCAUCUGGGGCCCUACAGGUGGCGGCCUGACUCUUGCUCCCCGUGGUGAGAACCAAUGUCCCCUCUUUAUCGGACAAGACCCUUCAGAGGUCAACAGAGGCAUUCCCAUAAGAUUCUCAAACUGGAGGUCUAGAGUUAGGUUUGUUCCUGAAUCAGCGAAUCUUAACAUCAAGAUGGAUGUCAGAGCUACGAUCUGCGUUCAGUCAACUUAUUGGUGGGUCACUGCAGCGGAAUCUCACUUUAGGACAAUGUUCAUAACAGCUGGUGCAAAGCCAGAGCAUGGAGAAGAUUCGGCAAAUAGUUUUUUUCAGAUCAAGAAAAUUGGAGAUAGUGUUAGCGGUUACAAGAUUGCAUUUUGCCCUGAGGAUAAAGCUUGCAUGGAUGUCGGGAUAAAAGUGGACAGGUCUGGUGUUCGGCGUUUGGUCUUAAGCUCUACGCCAUUCGAGGUUGUGUUUGAGAAAGCUACGUACACUUCCACCAAGACUCUGUCUAUCUGAGAGAGUUUAAAGACUGUACUAUUAAGAGAGUUAUAACUUACGACUAUAUAUAACUCUUAUUUGUAUGUGUUGUUUUCUUUGUUCAUCAAUCAUCAUUUAUGGAAUAAACCAUCUUUCCUUUGUUUCUUUUUAAUUCUCUCUCUAGUUUUACGAUUCAUUUGACC